GUGGCAUCAGCAAAGAAGAACUGUCUCUCCCCUCCCCUCCCCUGCAGGGAGGUCUGAGCAGAAGGAGGCCCCCAAGGUGCCACUGACCACGGACAGCAGACAGCAGGCCUCCGUGGGGGUGCGGCCCCCGCUCCAGCUGCUGCCUGUGUGCGCACAAGCCGAGUGCCGGGCGGGACCCCUGCCGCCGCUGGGCCGUUUGCACUUGGCAGGACUGGAUGGAGAUGAGGAGGGUUCGGCAGAGGCCCAGGCUCAGGAUGGCCCCCACAGUCCCCACCGUCACUAACCUGCCCCCCGUCCCCCGCCUGCCCAGCAGGAUUCCUCGUCCGCUAUUCCCUGAAGUCACCAGCUUCCACUGCGCUGGGCUCCAGGGCCACCCACCUCCACCCUCCUCUGGCCCCAGAUGGGACAGUCGCUUGCCCUCGCCUCCCUCUCGCCCCCAGGCCCGCUGGGCUCGCUGUAAAGUUGCAUAUUUAUUGAGCUUUGAUUCUUUUAUAAAGACUUGUACAUACGCCACUGGAAGGAGGCCUCUGCUUUCGGAACCCACCCCUUUCAGGACUCAUCUGUGGUGGGGCACCGGGGGAGAGACCGCGGGGAGCAGCAGUGAAUUAGAGGGCAGAGGCCACCAGCCCAACACCCCAAAACCAACCCGUCCCCUACACAGCCAUGAGGUCCACCAUUGGAGCCCCUCGUGGUGCCCGCCUGGGCUGCCCCGUGAGCGUAGGCUGGGUGGGCGACCUGUCCUGGGCUCACCGGGGUCUCUCUGGGGCUCCUCUCCAGGGGAGGGGCCCCUGCACCCACACCUUACAGCAUCUGCAGGGGCCUGGCUCUGAAACGCCGUGGAGGAAGUUACUUCACCCCGGAGUGGUGGUCUCGGGGCUGAGGCUGGAAGCCAGGCUGGGCACCAGGGCAGCCCUGUGCUCUGUGCACCUUGCUGCCCGCCCCCCCAGGUCAGGGCUUCACUUCCAGGGCCCCUGGGCUGUUCCCCGACCCCCACCACCGAGGCAGGCAGGCUCCCGGGGUGGCAGGGGGCGGGCCCUGCGGCUGGGUGCUGGGCCGGAACUGCGGUGGGCAGGGCGGGCUGAGUGGGGAAGCCCCCGCAGGCACACGCCUGUCCUGCCCCUUCCAGUUGCGCUUGAGGGCCCAGAGCGGCGAGGCACCGGGCCAUGGACCGGCAGCCCCGACGCUGGGCGGCAGUGGUGGCUGCAGCCCUCCUCCUGCUCCUGCUGGGCGCCCAGGGCCGGGGCGGCACCCCCAGCCCCAGGUGUGACUGUGCCCCCGACUUUCGGAAGAGGACGGGUCCGCUCUGCUGCAGGGGCUGCCCGGCAGAUGGAGCCGGGAUGGAGGCCCUGACCACCCUGCCGACCACCCACCUCUUGCCCCCUGAGAGUGCCCACCUCCUUUUGGUGCCACCCAGCGGCAGUGAGAAAGUCUGCCCCGCCCAGUUGGUAGGCCACAGCUGGACCCCUGCUGCCCCCAGACCCAGGAGACGCCUGGCGCGGAGGUGCCAUGUCCUGGGACAGCUGCGCAGCGAGUCUCUGGGUAAGAGACUUCACACAUCGCUCAAGUCCCAGGUGAAAGCUGUG